UCUUCUUCUUCUUCUUCUCCCUAACUUCUACUUUUAUUAUUAUUAUUUUUCUUUUCCUAUAUUCAAGCUUUUGGCUGGUGUUUACCAGAACGGACGUAAAUUUUGAAGAUUACUUCCUUUCUCUGCUUCAAUAUCAUGUGCAUGUCGUCAGCCUCGUUUGGUUGCUAAGCAAAGAAAGAAAAAGCAAAAGACAAUAUGGGGUUCUCACGCUUUGGCUUCUUGAGGUUCCUUUUCUGUUGCCACGUUGGAGAUGAUGAGGAUUAUGACCGUUAUUACAGUUACUACAGAAGAGCAAACAUAAACCAUUAUGUUAGGAGUAGCUCUCCUACUCCAUCUAAUAAUCACAGCAACCAAGAAGAUAAAUCACAAUAUUUUCACCAUAAUUUGCAUUCACGGACAAAAUUGAAGAAAGAAAUUCAAGUGUCUCAUAAUUCCAAAGUCCCAGAUCUCUCUACUGGUUCUUCACACAAUAAUUCAAUCAAUCCAUCUCAAUCUUCUUCAUAUCUUGAAUCCAAAACAUCAUCAUCAUCAUCAUCAUCAGCAGCAUUAUCUAAACUAUGUGAUCAAUCUUCUUCUGUAAUUAGAUCUUCAUCACAAUCUUCAUUUAGACAACCCGAAUCUUCCUCUUCUAGUACUCCAUCUUCAUCAUCUCUUCAGCCUGCAAUAUCCUCAUCAAAAUCAUCACAAAUAAGCCCAUCUCCAGUGUUAGGAAACCCACUUCUCACAUCUUCAAUAUCUACAACUAAAGUGCCCCAAGAAUCAACUAAUCAUUUUAAAUCAACCCUCAAAGCCUCAACCACUUCAUCUAAUCUACCUCAAUCUUCAUUAUCCCUUAAGCCCCUUCAAUCUUCCUCUUUUAGUUCAUCUUCGAAAUCUUCGCUCUCGCAAUCUUCGACACCAUUGACGAAUCAAUUACUCCAUCCAAUCAAUCCAUAUCCACUUCAUCCAAACAAAUCCACCUCAUCCGAACCCGCUCAACUUAGUCCAUCCCCCUUAUUAGCCAAUCCCUUAGCUCCAUCUUCAUCCAAGUCAUCACCUCAAGUUUCAACUAAGCCAUCUCCACCUCAAUCUUCACCAAACAUUUCUUUCCAGAAGCUCCUUCCACACCAUAAGUAUACUCGGUCCAAAAUAACCACUGAAAACAAAAACCAACAAGGUAAGUCGAAUCAAGUUUGCGUAAAGAAAGAUUCAUUGCCUUCAUCGCGAAUGGUUCCUAAGUGUUCGCCUCUUAGUCCUACUAGUUCUUCAUCCUUAUCAUCCCCGUCAAGUUCUUCGAAUCCAUCUUCCAAGAAGCUCCCUCCACCUUUUGACCAUACUCCAUCUAAAGUUUCUGCAAAAGGAAGAAUUUUAGAAGAGUGUGAUGAUUGUGAAUGGCUUGAAGACAAUAAUUCUUUACCUUUGCACUUGAUUCCCGAAGAUAUAAGAGAUUGUAUUGAGAAUGGCAUUGUGCCUGAAGUUCUUAAUGAGCCUUUGUCUCGCUGGACAUACAAGGAUUACUUUGCUGCUCUGCUAUAUGCUGAACAGUACUAUCAUGAGAAAUGGAGCGAUUUCGAGCUGGAGGACAUGGCCUUGGAGUUUCAAGAAGAAUCAAUUUGUAAAAAACACAAUAAUCAUCAAAAUAUCUAUGAAAAUGAAGAAAGGGAUCAUAAAAUAUUGGUGGCAUUUAAGAUUAAUUUGAAGCCUGAUGAACGUCCCUUUCUUUUGUCAAGAGACUUGGUCUUUGUAAGUUCCUCAGGUAGUACUGGAGUGAAGCAAUUUGAGGGCUCUAUCAACCGGGUGGUGAAGAGUGAUCUUGUACUGGUUGAGUUUCAAAAGGAGUUCUACUCGCAGCAUAGGUCAGCAAGCACAUAUGACAUCAGUUUCUCAAUCAGUGGAGUCUGCUUGAAAAGAGCCCACCAAGCUGUUUACGAUCUAUCACAUUCUUCGUUCGAAAACUUCGUGUUUCCUGAUUUUAACUCGCCCCGGAAGACCAUAAUUUCCAGUCCAACCAUGAAAAUGUCAAGCCACAAUCAGCUCGAUCCAGACAUGUCCUCCGCAGUUCGUCAGAUUCUAAGCAUCCGGGGCUAUCCACCUUACCUUGUCUCCGGCCCAAGAUGUGUCUGUGAAAAGAAAUCUUCCUCACACAAGCCAAAACCUUCAAAAACUGGACUGGUCAUUCAAGAGGCAGUGAUCCAAAUACACAAGACAAUGCCAACUUCUCGAAUCCUAAUUUGCGCGCCUUACAACAGCGCCUGUGAUGUGCUGAUGAGAGGGCUAAUUGAAGCAAUUCCAAAAUCAGACAUGUUUCGGGUAAAUGCUGCAUUUCGCGAGAAAGAAGAGGUGCCUGGUGACAUACUUCCGUCCUGUCUCUACAUAAAGGACUGCUUUUCAUGUCCUUCAUAUGAAGAGCUCAGCAGUUUCAGAGUGAUUUUCUCUACUUUUAUUACCAGCUUUCGCCUGCGCAAUGCAGGCCUUUCCACUGGCCAUUUCAGCCAUAUCUUUAUGGUGGACGCUUCCUUCGCCGCUGAACCCGAUUCCAUGGUGCCUCUGUCCAAUUUUGCUGAUGAUAACACAACUGUUGUUGUCAGUGGUGACCCUCGAAUUUCUCCGCGCUUUGUCCGCUCCGAUAUCGGCAGAAAAAAGGGAUUGAAGGUAUCAUACUUUAAAAGAUUGUUGGAAAUAUGCAGGCCUUAUGAAGAAGAAAGCCUCUCUCCAAGUUUCAUUACAGAGUUGAACGCAGAUGGAGACACCUUCAGCUAUUUUUAAUUGUUCCCUUGACAACAACAUUGUCUUGUCAUAUUGGAAAUAGUGGUUUUUACAGUGUGAUUUAAUUAAACAAAGUUUUCUAUGUAGCAACAAUAUGAAUAACAUUUCUGGCUUUUGUGCUCUCA